UGGCAAUCUUAGGACCGGCAACCUUGGGGCCGGGAGGCGGUUAGGGCCGGGAGGAGCGGAGCGGCCGCGCCCAGCCCGUGCCGCUGCCAGGGGCUCGGGUGCUGUCCCCACUCCGCUCCCGUUGGGUCCGGCUGAGCCCCGCGGUGCUGCGGCCCGUCCCAGCCAGCGUUGAGGCCACACUGCCCCGCCGGGACGACGACGCGUGCCCCCGCAGCGCCUCCUGCGUUUCGCGGUGCCUUUGUGUAACACCUCCCCCCAGUACGGGUGUUCCCGCGGCCGCCCGCGACGCGGAACUAUCGCCUGGGACGGGUACCGUGCGCCUCUGGACGGUCCUAUGGCGGUUCUGCGGCCCUCCAGAAGCGCUGCCCCCAAGGAGCAGGCGGAGCUCGGGGUCAGGGUCCGUAGGAGCUGCUGUGGUCCUGCGUGGUGAACCCGGCUUUAGAAAACGCCCCACGUGUGGCCUUCAGGUCAUCACAACUCUAUGCUAUGCCCUUGCUGCUGUGCCCAUGCCAUACAAACCAGUGCUGGAUCCUCAGCACCAAGUUUCCCUAACUCUUGUUUCCUAAGCUGCCCAGUACUCAGAACAUUGAUGGUAAAUCCCUCAGUGCCACUACUGCUGGGCUGAGCUGGUUUCAGGUUUCACUGCCUACUGGUCUGGUGCCAUGCCUUCAUGUGCUGCACACUCCUUUGCAGGUAACAGUUCUUCACUUUUGUCUGUCCAACUGCCAUGAGAGCAAAACUUUUUGUUUUAGUUUUUAUUUGUUGUUUUGGAAUGUGUGUUUGUUUACUGUUCAAAAUAUCAAAGGUUGCAGACAGAGCCUGAUGGCUGCUCAACUCUGCUUUGACUUUUUCAUCUGUACUCUAAGCAACAGCUGAAUUCCUGUGCGUUCCCCUUUGGUACCAGCCUGUCAUCCAGCUCUCCCUUCCUAAUGAGGUUUGUGUUCCUCUGCAACCACUGUAUCCCAAGCAGUCUCUAGGUAGGUUGCUAUGUCAGACAUACCCAGGCUGUUUCUCGGGACAGCGUGCUGACAUGCUGCAGCUGAAGUGCCAGGUUGGCUCUGUGUGCAUUUAUUGGUCGCUGGUGAAGAGGAAUUCUGUUGAGAUCACUCUUGAGUAUUCCAGUGCAGCUGAUUGUGGCCAGUGUUGCUUUGAAUGCGCACGUGAGUGCUGCAGGUCUGCACCACGCUCCCUUGGCUUGGUGUGAGCUCACCAUGCAUAUAUGUGCACAUGGGAUUGAUCCCCACUGAUGGUGACCACCCGUGCUGGAGUGACCUCUUUGUGGCUUCUUGUUUGUGUGUUUGUUGCUGUUGAAGUUAAUGCAUGUGUUUUCCUGCUAUGCUUAUUUAUCAUGUUGCCAAGAAAUCCUGUGAUCUCAGAGUAACUGUUCUUAGUGAAAUAUGCAGAAUAGAUAAGUAGAAAUUUUCCUUGGAAGGAGAAGAGACUAAGAAAGGAUGAGAAAAGCUGGACAAAUCAAGUUUAGGAAGGCAUAUAUUGGCUUGUGAUGAAAUAUGAUGAAGAUUUGUAUGGUAAUGUUAUGCUUCUGUUUGCUGUUGGGGACAGAUGAAGGUACCACCUGGACAGUUCUGUCAAUAAUCCGCCAAAGAAUCAAGUCUCAGUUCAGGUUACAAGAGUAAUUCUGUGGGAAACUGAAACGGUUGCCAAUAACAACAACAACAAAAAAAAACCCUCUGGUUGCGGAUCCUGCAGCCACAGACUCUAGAUUUUUGAUGAUUUUAAUGCCUCUUAUCUACUUUUCAGAUGUAUUGGGUUAGCAACUCACAGCUGAAUCCUUCUAAUCUGGGUGAUGCCUUACAGUUCAAACGGACAAUCUCUACAUGAACUUCUUGUGCAGUGUUUGGGUGUGGGUGGUUUUGGAAAGACUGCUCCAAAAAUUAAACGGGUAAUAUAAAAACAACAGAAACAGAAAGCUGGAGUGAUUGAAAGACAGGACUGCUCUCUUCUUUUCCUCUGACAAGCAUUUCAGCUAUGCUGCUGACAGUUUCAGUUCCCAGUUCCAGAAGAGGGCUGAGCAGUUCUCUAGCAAAAGAGGGAAGGAGGUGGCAAUAAAAAUCAUUGACAAAUCUCAGCUGGAUGUUGUGAAUCUCGAAAAGAUCUACCGUGAGGUGCAGAUAAUGAAGAUGUUGGAUCACCCACACAUCAUAAAGCUCUACCAGGUGAUGGAGACAAAAAACAUGCUGUACCUCGUGACAGAAUUUGCCAAAAAUGGAGAAAUUUUUGAUUACCUCGCCAGCCAUGGCCGACUCAGUGAGUCUGAGGCCAGGCGGAAGUUCUGGCAGAUCCUCUCAGCAGUGGAGUAUUGCCACAACCGGAAGGUUGUGCACCGAGACCUGAAGGCUGAAAAUCUUCUGCUUGACAACAACAUGAACAUCAAAAUAGCAGAUUUUGGAUUUGGAAAUUUCUACAAGAGUGGUGAGCCUCUGACAACGUGGUGUGGAAGCCCGCCAUAUGCAGCUCCAGAGGUCUUUGAAGGACAGCAAUAUGAAGGACCCCAGCUGGAUAUCUGGAGCAUGGGUGUGGUUCUUUAUGUUUUGGUCUGUGGAGCAUUACCUUUUGAUGGGCCAACGCUCCCCAUACUGAGGCAGCGAGUUCUGGAAGGAAGGUUCAGGAUACCUUACUUUAUGUCAGAAGAUUGUGAGCAUCUGAUUAGAAGAAUGCUGGUCCUAGACCCAUCCAAACGGUUAACGAUUGCUCAGAUUAAGGAACACAAGUGGAUGCUGAUAGAAGUUCCUGCCCAGAGAACUGUUCUUUAUGCCCCAGGACAGGAGAACCAGCCUUCCAUUGGAGAGUAUAACGAACAGGUUCUCCGGCUAAUGCACAGCCUUGGAAUAGACCAGCAGAAGACUAUAGAGUCACUGCAGAACAAGAGUUAUAACCACUUUGCUGCUAUCUAUUACUUGUUAGUGGAAAGACUCAAAUCGCAUCGAAGCAGCUUCCCUGUAGAGCAGAGAUUUGAUGCUCGCCAGCGCCGCCCAAGCACCAUUGCUGAGCAGACAGUAGCCAAGGCACAAGCUGUGAUGCCAUCAGUGAACUUGUGCUCAGAAAACACGAGGCUGCUACGGUCCCCAGGACUUCCCCCCACCUCAGGAGCAGAGGUCUUUUCAUUCCCUCCGUCCAACUGCCAAACAGAGACGGCAUUUCUGGAAGAAGAAAGAGUCAAUACACCAAAGGUAAAUGGCUGCCUGCUAGAUCCCGUGCCUCCCAUGAUGAUUCGAAAGGGAUGCCAGUCACUGCCAACUAGCAUGAUGGAAACCUCAAUCGACGAAGGAAUAGAGACGGAAGGCGAGGCAGAGGAUGACCCUGCGCAGGCAUUUGCAGCCCUGCAGGCAGCUCGCAGUGGGAAGCGGCGUCACACCCUGGCCGAAGUCACCGAUCAACUAGUGGUGGUGCCAGGCACAGGCAAGGUCUACUCUUUGGAUGAGAACUCCUCUCUGGGCAGCAGCAUAGAGUCAGAGUACAACAUGGGGUCAGUGCAGAGGAAUGUGGGCCUGCUGGGCGAUGCCCCUCCGCUGAAGGAUGUGGUGCCGCUGGCAGCACCGUUCCUGGGGCUGCGGCCGACCAACCCCGCCAUGCAGGCUCUUGCAUCCCAGAAGCGUGAGACUCACAACCGCUCCCCUGUCAGCUUCCGGGAGGGGCGCAGAGCGUCGGACACUUCCCUCACACAAGGUAUUGUAGCAUUCAGACAGCACCUCCAGAAUCUGGCACGAACCAAAGGAAUCUUGGAGCUGAACAAAGUCCAGCUACUGUAUGAGCAAAUGAGAUCAGAAGAAGAACCCCUUCUGCCAUCAGCUGCCCCCCAGCUUCAGGACCUUGCUACCAGCUCUGCACAGGUCGCAGGAAAUAGGAAUGUGAAAUCUCUGUCAGACUCUGUGAAUGAAACGGGCCAGCAGCACACAUGCACUGCAAGCACCCAUGCUCCAGGAAGAAAGACCUCAGCAGCAGGAGGCUGCGGCCACUUUCCCCAGUGGUGCACAUACCCCAGUGUUAUCCCGACGGCAGAGCUUAGAGACACAGUACUUGCAGCACAGGCUCCAGUGCUACCUUACUUGCAGAAACCCACCCUACUAUCAAAAGUUCCAAAUACUUGCCAGCUGUUCUGCAAAGAAUUGCCCCGGAGUCUGGAACAGCAGUUACAGGAGCACAGACUGCAUCAGAAGAGACUCUUUCUCCAGAAGCAGUCCCAGCUGCAGGCCUAUUUUAACCAGAUGCAAAUAGCCGAGAGUUCGUACCCAAGGUCAAGUCAAAUGCCACUUUCAUGCCAGGAGGAGCAGCAGCCAUCAGCACAGCAGCAACCAACUCAGUUCAGCCUCCAGCAGACUCUAAGCCCUGUCAUGGAGCCUUCCUCAGAACAAAUACAAUAUGACCUCUUCCUCAGUCACUACCAGAAAGUACAGCUGGAGCCACCACCGCCCUCCCUGCUCACCAGCUCAUCACGAUUGUCAUCACCAAUUCAGGUGCAGCAGCCACCACAAUCCUUACAGUACUCCUAUCAGACUUGUGAACUGCCUGUUGUCACCUCUUCUGAGCCAGACUACCCUGACCAGUGCCAGUAUUCCAUGGACCCAGCACAGCAGAGCAGUGUAGCAUUGCCUGACAGCCAGGGCAGCUUGGCAGCCCAGGAGCCACAGUCAAACUACGAUGCACUGACCCUCUCAGAACUGCCCGGACUCUUUGAUUGUGAGAUGAUGGAAACUGUAGAUCCCCAGCACAGCGGCUACGUCCUGGUGAAUUAAUACCAUGGGUGUCUAACAUGAGAGUGGAAGCCAGGGUAGAUGGAGAAGCAUGUAAAUUUUUGGCUUUGUUCCAACCCUAAAGUUUCUGAUCCUUCAGUCAACAAGGGAACUAAAAAUCCACCUGGCCAGAAAAAAGCUGGAGAUGGCUAGAAGCAUGUGGCCACCAGCUUCUCCUUUCAGUGGCUGGGGCUAGACAAACAGUUCAGCUUGGUUGCAUAAAGAACCAGUUUGUGUAGAAGGAGAGAAAAAAAAAAAAAAAAAAAUAUAUAUAUAUAUAUAUAUAUAUAUAUAUAUAUAUAUAUAUAUAAAGGAAGUGGCCCCUUCCAAAAACUUUGAUAGUCUGGCAGUGUUCACCUAGCACUUGCUAGGAGAAAAGAGAACGAAUGCAUAUUGCAUUCUACUUCUUGGCAAUAAAAGCAAUAGUUUUCACUGAAAUUCAGACUUAAUUUGGAUCUGAGCUGAUAGCAAGUAGCAUACUGAGCUGAAGCAGUAGUGAGGUGGAUCCAAAGGAAAGUUGCACUUCGGCAUCCAGUUUCUGGUUAAGCUACCGAUCUGCGACUGCUCUGUCGUAAGUCUAAGAGAGCACCAGGAACCUCAGGCAGCCUCUGCUUCCUCCUGCUAGCAAAUAAACAGUUAUUUCCCAAGCCUGCCAAGGAAUUCUUAAUUGGUCACUAAGGGAAGCUUCUGGAUAUUUGUUAAGUAAUGUAUUGACUUGAUAAAAGGACACUUGGAACUGAUCCAGGGCAUCACAGUGUUUUCUAGAUGCUUUGGGUGGAGCUGAGAAUACUGAAAGGUCAAGGAUUAGUAGCAGAGGGACAGGCCAAGAAGGACAGCAAGAGCUGCAGCCAGUGGCAUUCAGAGAUCUACCUAGGUGAUGUUGGAAAUCACCCCUUGCUGCAGACAGACUGUUGUGGAGAGUUCUAUCUUGGAGAAGAUCUAUCUGACCUUCUACGGCAUUUUAGAAACAAACAGUGUUUUGAAUUUGCAAUAUGUGUUGCUGGUGGUUUAUUGAGCUUUGUAUAUAUGGACAAUUAUUUACAGUUUUAGAACUUAAUGAGCUUAAAAAAAAAAAACCCUGUGAAGUGAUAGUGCUGUGCCUUUUUUCAGUUCUUUAUCAGACUGUAUGCUUUUUUUUUCCUGAAGAAAUAGACAAUACCCCAUCUACAUCCUUGCUACUGCCAAAGUCCCUUCAGAGCACGCGUUCCACUAUGUGGAAUGUAAUGUUGAACUUUGUUAGCAUUUUGAUUGUCUCAGUAUAUACAAUAUACUGAAAGUAUUACAGCAAUAUUGAGCAUCAAGAACUGUUACGUACUACUUCAACAAAUACAAAUUUCAACAAGCAGUUGUGUCCCCAGAACUUCCAGUCAGGAGAUGUUAGUUGUAGGAGGAUUAUUUAGGAAUCUGCAGUAAGUUUAGAUCACUAAUUUGGAGCUCAUCUCAGGUCUUCAAAUGUUGCGGGUUAUUGUCUAUCUUUCUCCUGUAGAUGAAGCUUGUAGCCAGACAGUUUCAGCCCUUUUCUGAGCAAACUUUAAGCACAGUUGCAGAUUCACUAAAGCACAAAUGUUGGAGAAACUGUGCUGAUGGCACAUGUAGAGACCACUGUUUACUGGAAAAUUUCUCUACGAUAUAAGUUUAAAGUUAAAUAAAAGAUUUUGACACUACAACUAAAGAGAGUGGCUUCAGGACAUGUAGUCACUUAAAAUGGAUAGACAAAUGUUUCUAGUGUUUUUACAUACUGUAGCAAAGCACAGGCUUGGAGAGAUAGCAGGAGGAAGAAAAGAAAAAAAAAAAAGUACUUGUGAUUGGUUGGGUCUUCAGUGUGUGUCAGACCAUAGAUCCUACUGAACUUCAACAAGGAGUUCUCAAAACUACUCUCUUUCACCAGAAAGGUGAAUUAUCAGCCAGCAUUUACAGCAAUAAGACCACGCUUAAAUGUGGAAUAGACUUCAGUCACUGCACUGUAGGCUUUGUGAAGGAGGGAAGAGUUUAACAACUGACAGAAAGUACCUUGUUUUCUGUGUAUGACAGUUAGAGAUGUCAUCACUGUUGAUACAGAGCCUGCUCUGAUACAGCUCCAAUUCAGUCGGAAGUGCUCACUUCUACCUCUGAUAUCAGAACAAUUCUCAAGGCAAAAGCAAAAGAAAGUUUAAGGAACAGCAAUCACAUCUACACACUACUUACUUUUUUGAUAAAAGAGAGCUGGAAAACUGUUGUUUAGAUAGCUGAGAUAGACACAUUUCUUUUCUAAGGGAAUUCACACAAUUAAAGCUUUUUCUGACAGUGCAAAUAGCUGCAGAACAUAGAAACCUCAGUGCCCCCCUGAAGUGACUGACAAAAGGACAGGAAAGAGAUGAAAACCACUACAGCAUAACACACCAGGCAUAUCAUUAUGGCAGAAGAGAAAAGGAGGCUGUGUAGUCAAUGAAUAUAAAGAUGUUAUAAUUAUGAAAUAAGCAAGAGAGUUUGGCAAAGCAGAUUAUAACAAAAACAGAAUAGAUAGAAAGCUUACCCUCAUUCUGGGCUCAGUACAAAAUUCCAGAGGAGGGAUGUCCAGAAGAGAUCCUCCCCCACUGGCAGCCAGCUCUUCAAUGGGCCUAGGAGAGGUGCAGCCAGGCUCCACCCCUUCCAGCAGCACAGGUGGAUUGAAUUGCCUUCACCUGUGCUCCAUGGCUGACUCAUGGCUCACCUCAGGUGAUCAAUCCCAGGUUCAGGCUGUGACUCAGCAGUUCCCAUACAGAGGCAAAGAUGUCCUUUCCUUUCAUUCCUUUUCUAUCCUGCAGUUCUAAGAUCAGACGAGUGCUCGAGGAACCAUGCAGCAAAAACCGUCACUGGGACGCACUCAGCUGUGGCAACAGGCCCAGUUUUGCAUCAGGAGCUAGCUUACUGCCAAGCCUAUAACCACUUUCCUCCCUGUGCAGCUCCAUCAUACCAUACAUUUUGGAAGUCAGUGAUAACUCAAGAGCAGAAUUAUGUGAUUCAUUUAACAAAAUGUGCCAAUGAGUCUAAGCUCAGCUGAGCUUUGCAGUACUGCUAAGGGGAAAGCUAUGGAGUUUUUGAAUAUAGUUCAGACUGUUACCCUCAAUCACCAUCCUAUUUACUAUUUCAUGCAAUUUCCUUAAGUCAGUUAGAAUAAAAGGCUUCUAAUGGCUUUUAAUACAGCAGAGUAUCCACUGAACACCACUUUGUAGUCAUGCUACUUCAAAGUAGUUCCUUUGUUCAAAUCUGUUACGUCUAACAUUAGAGGACAGCAUACACUACUGUUAAGAGUAAUUAUUAGCUUUAUUAUCUUGUAUUACAGGCUCCUUUGAAGAGACUUUGGUGCGAUGUAUAUGGGGUAAAAAUUUCAUAUGGAGAAAAGUGCAAUAUGUGUGUGUGUGGUACGUUCUUUAAUGUAUUUUUUUAAGGAGUUAGAGGGUUUAGUCUCUGCUUUGGGAUAAAUGCACUAGUAUUGUGAGCUCCAGUUUGGUAAGUUCAUCUGUAGUAUUUACAUGCAACUGAUAUGCUGGACUCUGUGAAGCAAUUACAGUGUAUUGAUACAAAAUAAAGAAUACGUACAUUUCAUUUUCAAA